GCCUUGCACCAAGCAGCUCUGGUGGGCAGCAAUGAGAUCAUGAGGCUGCUUCUGGACGGAGGAGCUGCUGUGGACAUCAAGGAUAACAAAGGCAUGCGUCCUCUCCACUAUGCCUCCUGGCAAGGCAAGGUAGAGCCAGUACAGAUUCUGCUCCAGUAUGGGGCAAAUACCAAUGAUGCUGCAGAGAAUGGGGAAUCCCCACUGCAUUUAGCUUGCCAGCAUGGUCAUUAUGAAGUGGUGAAUCUCCUGUUGCAGCACCAUGCUGAUCCCACACUGAGGAACAAGGAGCACAAGACCCCCCUGGACCUGGCUUGUGAAUUUGGCAGAUAUCGGGUAGCAGAGCUGCUGAUAGACAGUAACCUGUGUAACUGCCUGCUGAUGGAAACUCCUGAAGACAUGCUGGACAAUACGCGGACUACAGGACUCCAUCUGGCCGCUAAAAACGGGCACGGGGACAUCAUUAGACUCCUCCUUCAAGCUGGGGUGGAUAUUAACAGACAGACCCUACAAGGGACUUGUCUACAUGAGGCUGCAUUGUACGGGAAGAUAGAAGUUGUGAAACUGCUGCUAGAUUGUGGCGUGGAUGUAAAUCGGCCCAACUCCUAUGACCAGUCAGCCCUGGACAUUGUUAACAAGUUCACCACAUCCAGAGCUGCCAAGGAGCUAAAACAACUGCUGAAAGAAGCAAGCUGUGCAGUCCAAGCCUGUGCUAUCAAAGAUUACAGCAAUAUAUAUGACCCAAACAGUCUCUCCUUCAGAGAGGGGGAUUACAUUACAGUCCUAGAACAGCGUGCAGAUGGCAUGUGGAAGGGCUUCGUAAUGCAUGAGGGACAGAUGGCCAAAACUGGCUUCUUUCCCGCCUCUGCUGUAGUGCUGGUAGACAGGCAAUCAUUAGAAAACCGUACUCAGUCACUGCGAGGGUCUAUGCAUGGGGUCAGUCCAGUCAAAUAUGGUGGACAACAAGUGCCAGACCUCAUCAACAGGAACCACAGCUUACACAAUGGAGUGACAGACAGGAACUCUUAUGGAAGUGUUGGAGCAGACGAAUCUUUCCCUCCACCUCCAUCCCCAAUGACGCUGGCACGGAACUCUGCUCAUGAAUAUGAGCACCAGCAGCCGGCCCCAGUGGCCCCAGUCCUCCAUCCUGGUCCUCUUCCUUCUCCUCAUCACCUCAACUCACCUCGAUUCAACUUUGUCAACCACAACCAGAUGUCCCAUUCUCCCAAGCCAGGCACCCCAGGCACCCCAGACAAGACAUUUGACUGGCCUCCUCGCCACCUCGAUGGAGGGGAUAUGAGAUCUGGAAGUCCACUGCGCUCAGGAAGUCCAUGCAAGUCCAGUCCAUGUAACAGCAACAGGAACAGCUCAGCAAGCAUUGAUAGUGGGAGGAGUCUUGGGUCAUCACAGUUCGACAACAGGAGUGGCCAUAUCUAUGUGAACCACAACCAGCACCGGCUGUCAGGUCAGAGCUAUGAGUCUGGGCUGUCUUCUCGGCAGAGCUACCACAGUACGUCCAGCUCCAGUAUGGGCAGUCUAGAUAGACUAGAAGAGAGCGGCUACUCCAGCCAGGUCAAUGUGGCAGAACUUUUCCAAGCAGGAUACACAGACCACGAAGUGCUGCAUGCCUGGCUGUGUGACCUCCAUUUUGAGGAAUAUUUCAACUUGUUCGUACAAGCAGGCUAUGACAUGGGAACAAUUACACACAUGACACCACAGGAUUUAACGGCUAUAGGAAUUACCAAGCCAGGCCACAGAAAGAAACUGAAAGCUGAGAUCAGCAAGUUGAAUCUCCAUGAUGGAAUACCAGAUUACAAACCUAAUGAUCUGUAUGAAUGGCUCCAGCUGUUACGCCUAGAGCAGUACUAUGACACACUGGCACAGCAGGGAUAUGACAAGAUUGACAUGGUCACUGACAUUAUGUGGGAAGACAUGGAGGAUGUGGGAAUCUCAUUAUUAGGUCACCAGAAGAAAUUUAUGCUGGCAAUUGAUCGGCUGAAGCGCAUCCAGUCAGGUGCUGGCAGACGACUCUCCUCCAUGGAAAGACAGGCGUCAGCUGAGAUGCUGGACACUCCUCCUUCUCCAGGUUUCCAGCCACCCCCCUCAUCCCGCUGGUCAGCAGACAUGGGUGCGGUCCAGUACCACCCUGAGGGUCAGUACCAGGUGGUCAAGCCCAAGCGCUCUCCUUCAGGAGACAGUAUGAGCAGCAGUGGAAGCGCCAAGGACAACCUGUCCAGCUUCCACCAGCUGCAGCAAGAAAACAGAGGUGCUACAGAAAUCAUUCAUUUGAGGAAUAGCAGUCCCAAAGUUUAUCAGCCAGAUGUGGUGGCUAUUCAAGUCAAUAGAUCUCUGUCUCGGUCAGGGACAUCAGAUGGACUGGAUGUUUAUGCAGAAGGACAAAAUGUGAUCUGCCGGUCCUUUCAGGCACCUCCAGAGAAUAAGUAUAAGGAAGAGGCACUCCCUGUGGAUGGUGAGGUGACCCCCACUAAUGAGCUUAAUCCGUGUAAUGCAGAUGACAGUGACCAUGCAGGGUCUCUAGGUAGACCAUCUGCAGCAGUCAGUCCGAGAGUGGUGGUCAAACCAAAACCAGUGGCCAAAAUUGUGGCUAAAACAAAACGAUCGAGUCGGGAUUUUACACCAGAGAUAAUUCCUUUAGGCCCAGAUUACUGUAGCAGUGGUGACAUAGGGAGUUAUGCCACUUUACGCAAACCUUUAAAGACACCAAAGGAUUCUAGCAAAGAGCAGCAGUCUUCUGACAUUGUGUCACAACAACAACUGCAAGGAAACUCGGUGAAAUCUCAAAAGGAGUUAUUGGCAGCAAGUAUAGCACAGAGUGUAGCGAACAGGAAAAACAUGGCCACCAGCCAACAUAAUUCACAGCCUGCUGGACCAGGUUCCCCAAAAUCUACUUCUGCUCCCCUCAAUGUGUUCACCAAUGGGCCUAUUGUGAACUCCCAGGGCUCCCCCAGGUCUCCUACAACUGGUCACCAUCAACAUAGUCUGUCUGCCCCUGUCACCAAUGGCCCUAAUCAUAUUCCUUCAGCAAGCAGUGGUGGGCACAGCAAACCACCUGCUAAUUCUUCUCAUGGAAAGAAUAAAAAGCCUCCUCCCCCGCCAAAAAGGACCAACUCUAUCAAAAGUGACACCCCUGUGGUUGUGGAGAGGAGACACCAUAGUUUUUCAGAGAGUCCGAAAUCUUCGCAUAGACAACAACAGCCACAGGCGGGUAAUGUGCUGCACACUCCAAGCCUUCAGAAAUCUUCUAGCGCCAGCCUGCCACAACAUAACUCAACCAGCAGUGUCCCAGCACCACAGAAGCUACAGAAAAGUAGUCCUCCGCAGAAAUCUCAGUUUGGUAAGCAGAAUUCACCCGUCACAAGUUCAUCUCAUAAGCUGCAAAGCAGUAAUCACGCUGAAGUAUCUCAAACUACGAGUCAGUCACCAAAAUCACCUGUUGCCAAACACAAACAACAACAACAGAAUCAGCAGCAACAGCAACCAGAUUUCCAAGACUGUGUGAAAAGUCUUGCAUUGAAAUUUAAUAAACCAAAAACAGACAGUUUGCCUUCUCCGCCAAAAGAAGCCUAUGAGCCUCCUCAGACAGAAGAAUUCCCUCCUCCUCCACCUCCCAUUGCAACUGAUAUUUCACCUCCAAAGAAGGAAAAAGACUUAGUUAAUAUAGCAAAAGCAAACCUUAAAUCUCCACAGAAACUGUCAAAACCUCAACAGAAAUCUCCCAAACCGGAGCAAAAGUUCUCUAAACCUGAUCUAAAACCUGCCAAAGUGGAAACAAAAAGUGCAGAACACAGACUUGAAAGUAAACCCGAAAAAGUAGAACAGAAAGCAGAGGUCAAGCCAAAAAUGUCCAAGCCGUCACUGCCUGCUGAUCUCUCAGGCUCGGACAGUGGCAGUAGUAGCUGUGAUGAAGAUACGUUGUCAGACUCCAAGAAGAAUGGCUCCUCCUCUAGCAAUGAGAGCAUCAACAGUAUCACUGUGGACUCCAAUACGUUGCCUUUUGCCAAUGAAAAUGUUGGCACUAUUAAACAGAAGAAUGCACCCCCUAAGCCUUCCAUAGUUCAGUUUAACAUGGAUGGAGAUGCAGACUUAAACAACAGCCUCUUUGAUGGGACGGGGACAAUCAAAAGAGCACCUGCCAAACACAGUACAGAAGCAGCUGCUGCAGCAGGCAGAGGUCAGAUGGGGGCUGAGUUUUACACAGGGGAUGAUUUCCUCAUGGACAGUUCUGACUUCCCGUCUGGCCAAGGCAACGAUGUGCUAGAUGACAUAGGGAACAUGCUUCAGGGGCUCACAGAUGAAUUAGACGCCAUGUUGGAUGAUGAGAUCUAAAAGCACAGGAACAAGACACUAGAGAGCGCUACUUGGAACACGGCCUGAAGAAGUUCCAAAAGAUCUGUGAUGCCAGAAAGAUAUCUGCAGAUGCCUUGACUCUAAGCCAGGCACAUAAAUACUGGGGCCCUUCAGGAAGGUGUUGGUCUCCUGUAAUGAUCUGGUGUUGCAGGUAUUCUUUUCUAUGGGAAUGACCAGUGUACAUGUCCUUUAUUAUGGAAAAGGUGACUAUUAUCUGAUGGAAACUCUGGGAUACCUUGAUAUAUUAGGUGUAAUUGCCUGAUGCAUGAAUCGAAGAACAACACCAGUUAAUGCUACUAGAGGAGGACUUGAUGGUGCUGCGCAGGACGCAGGGCAUUAUAGAAAACUCUUGUAAAUCUGUGGGAGAAGGCUGAAUGUGGGUGGACAUUGAAGCUUUAGGACUGCCUAGUCAGAUAUGGGCACAGCAGGUUUGCAGGAAAGAUCCAGUAAUUUUUAUGGAGGAAUAGGUUCACAUACUUUUAGUGGAUAUCGUAUCAAGUCUUUGAUAUGUGAAUGGGUGUAGGUGUCCUGUAAUAGCAGCUGAUUUGCAUUAGAUUAUGGGUAGUAAUUUGCUUUUAAAUAUGUAAAAAAGGAAUAUGCUAAAUGAUGAUGAUGGGGGUACUUUUUAUGGUAGCCGAUAGCUUCAUCAAGACAAGCCUACACACACAGGCUGUGAAUAGAGCAAUGACUUAGUUAUCAAAAGCCUUUACUAUGUAGGUCACUGGAUAGGUGGCUGAGUCAAGACAAGAUUGGUGGUAACCCAAUGAAGAAGAACUCGUGUCUGCUUCCCAAAAAGAUAUCUGGAGCCUUCAUGAUACACACUGGUUGCUUUAAUCAGAUGAUAUUCAAUUGUACAUAACAUAGCUGUAAAUGUGUAUAUAUAUAUUUGUUUAUAAAUACAGAUUUUCUCAAUGUGUAGGUUCACAUCCUCAAAGUGCCAUGGAUUUCAUUACAAGGUGGUGUCCCGGUGAGAUCAAAAUAAUAUAGAAUAAAGCCGUUGAAUUCUAAAGACACCAACCAGAUAUCAGAAAAUUCAUCUAUUUGAAUUAAGAUUGUUAUCACUAGCAACAUAUCUGUACAUAACCAGUGUACAUUCUUUGCCUUUGGAAGUGCUUUUAUUUUAAGAAUGUUUGGUAAAAUAUAUAUUUAAUGGUUAUGUUGGCCAAGUUAAGUUAUUGACAGGGGCUAAACUGGUGCCUUAUUUAUGCAGAGGACUGUAAUAUAAUGAAUAACGAAAAAAGAAAAUAUAUCAAUGUUAAGUAUACUCAGUGAAGCAUUAUUGAAUAUAAGAUAAGUAUUCAGCCUAAAGUGCUUUUGGAAUAAGAUAAUGUAAAUUUCCUUCUACCUUGAAACGGGAACUUGGUUUUAUGGGUCUCAAUGUACAACUCCUGUGAUCAUAUUUUUAAGUGUUAUUCAUAUUAUAAUUACACAUUUUCCUUUCUUUUCAUCAUUGCUUUGGCACCAGUUUUUUAAUCAACAAUAUCAACUUUAACUGCUAGCAAUUUCUGGUUAACAUUAAAGAUUUUUAUUAUCAUGUAGGAAACUACUUGCUUUAAUCAUAGUCCUCACUGCCAGGAAGGGGUGUAUUAUUUGCAGAAAAAAGUGCGUUAUUAGAAAGGGGAUUCAUUUUGAAUGCUCGGUAUAUUUAUGAAAGAUUAUUUUUCAUUUCAUGUCAUACCCGAUCUUACAUUUGUGUGAUGUCACAAGGUGAUACGAAGGUGCUGCCAAAUAUCUCGAUUCACAAUUUGCAUCGUUUUGUUUCAUGUAGAACAGGACUUGCUCAAAGUACAGGAAGCAAUAGCAUAGAGCCAGCGCAUUCAGAGCUGUAUCAUAUCAUAAACAACCAUUUUUAAUGAAAUAAAAUAUUUUGGUUGCACAGAA